CGUCUAAUUGUAAUUGUGUGCUAUAAAUAGUAAGAGAUUUAUAGCGUUCUCACAACGCAAAACUCCUUUGUUCUUUGAUUGUUCCUAUUGGCAGCCAGAGCCAUGCUUCUCUACCAAGACCUACUAACAGGUGAUGAACUUCUUUCAGACUCUUUUCCAUACAAUGAAAUUGAGAAUGGGAUGCUGUGGGAAGUGGAAGGAAAGUGGGUUGUACAAGGGGCGAUCGACGUAGACAUCGGGGCUAACCCGUCUGCUGAGGGUGCCGAUGAGGAUGAAGGUGUUGAUGAUCAAGCUGUCAAGGUUGUGGAUAUUGUUGACACAUUUAGACUUCAGGAACAACCUCCAUUUGACAAGAAGCAAUUUAUCACAUACAUGAAAAGAUACAUCAAGUUGCUAACUCCCAAAUUGGAGGAAGAAAAACUAGAGUUGUUUAAGAAGCAUAUUCCAGAGGCAACCAAGUUUCUGAUUUCAAAGAUCAAUGACCUCCAAUUCUUUGUAGGGGAAGGAAUGCAUGACGAUGGGUCUAUGGUAUUUGCAUACUACAAAGAAGGAGCAACUGAUCCUACCUUUAUCUAUAUUGCCUAUGGGUUGAAGGAAGUCAAAUGUUAAAGGAAUCCCAUCCAUUUUCAACAAAAUACUUUUCUUUUUACUUUUUUAAAGUUCAUUAUCAAAGU